AUUCUUGCGCGCGAUAAGCCCUAUCUUAUCGCCGAGAUAGAGGCGGCGGUCCCUCUGUUUGGCGUCGCGAUCUUUGGCUGUCCUCGCUCGCCUCUGACCCCCGGCGGAGAUGCUCGUCAAGGAGUUCCGAGUGAUGCUUCCGCUGACGGUGGAGGAGUACCACCUCGCUCAGUUAUACGGAGUGGCGGAGGUCAGCAAGAGAGAAACAGGAGGAGGAGAGGGAGUAGAAGUGGUGAAGAAUGAGCCCUUUCGCGGACACGCCUUGCUGGGGGGGAAGUUCACGGAGGGGCAGUACACGUACAAGAUCUACCACCUCAAGAAGAAAGUCCCUGCCUUCGUCCGGCUGUUGGCUCCUGAGGGCGCCCUGGAGGUCCACGAGGAAUCCUGGAACGCGUAUCCUUACAGCAAGACGGUUUAUUCGAAUCCAGGCUACAUGAAAAAGGAUUUCGUCAUUUCCAUCGAGUCUAUGCACUUGGGAGAUCGGGGCACUUCGGAAAAUGUACACCAGCUGUCCCCCGCGAAAUGGCAGGCGGUCGAGGUCGUCAAAGUGGACAUCGUGAACGACCCGAUUCGACCCGAGGACUACAAGGAGGAGGAGGACCCGACGCUCUUCAAGUCGACGAAGACGGGGCGGGGGCCGCUCAGGGGAACAGCCUGGUGGGCGGCGGUCGAUCCGGUCAUGACCUGUUAUAAGCUGGUGACCUGUGCGUUCAAGUGGUUCGGCCUGCAGACGAGAAUCGAGAAGUACAUUCAGGAUUUCGAACAGCGUCUGUUCACUGUCUUCCACAGACAGAUCUUCUGCUGGAUCGACCAGUGGUACGGCCUCACCAUGGACGACAUCAGGCAGCUGGAGGACAGAACCCAAGAGGAGCUGGGACAGCAAAUAACCGAAGGACCCGUGAGAGGUACAAUGGGCUAGGAAAUACCCGCUCAGACCAUAUACGAAAAACUAGAAGGUAAUAAUGAAGUGCCAUUUGCAUACACUUCCGCCAUUUCAAGCUGAGGUGACACUGGAUGGCACUGGCGGACGAGGGUGCACGUUGUUGUGUAAACUGACGACCUGGCAGACGACCCACGACAGGUUUCCACUCUGUACGACUUUGAACGACCACGCUUGGAGACAGAGAAGGA